UUGAUUGCCAAGUUCAGAGUUAUUUAUAACGAAACACAGCAAAUCAGUACCGGGGCAUUAAAUAUAAUGUGCAAAAUCAAAAAAUAUACUUUUUUGUCAUUUAAUAAGGGCUUGCGGUAGUGAAAGCACAGAUUAUUAUAUAAGGUAGUUAGUGGUACGAAGAAGAAUGUACAAAGUGACCAGUGAAAUCUAUGAGGAGACCAACUACAACCCAGUCAAGGCUGACAACGGUAGAGUAUUGUCCAAAUUCCAAUUUAAAUAUCCGCCAGAAGAUGAUGAUACAACGGCUUAUAAUGGAGUCAUUGCCGACGAGGAUGGUGACUUAGUUGUGCGACGAAAAUCAGUUUCUGGUCCAGGAGGGUUGAUUAAGAUUGAACAUUCUGAAGCUACCGAAUUGCGUUUGGUAGGGCUGCAAGUUUGGCGUGGUGCAUUGCUAUUAGCUGAUUAUAUUUUUCAUAAAAGAAAUGAAUUUCGUGACAAGGUUGUGCUUGAACUGGGUGCAGGUGUUGGUUUAACAAGUAUUGCUGCAGCGAUCUAUGCGAAAAAGGUGGUAUGCACAGAUGUGAAUGUUGGCGGUAUUUUAGACUUAAUACGCGAAAACAUAAAACACAAUUCAGUACUGCUUCACAAACCUAAUAACAUAGAUGUCUUGGAAUUUGAUUUUCUAAAGCCUGUCCAAGAAUAUUCUCCUGCACUUUUGGAGGCUAUUGACAAUUGUGAUGUGGUGGUUGCAGCUGAUGUUAUUUAUGAUGAUAACCUAACCGAUGCAUUUAUACGUGUUUUAGAUGUUUUGUUUGAGCGCGGAAAACUAUCAGGAAAAGAUAAAACAGCUUAUAUAGCAUUAGAAAAGCGAUAUGUUUUUACACUGUCGGAGAUGGACACGGUGGCGCCAAUGUUCGAAUAUUUCUUGAAGCAGACACUGAAUAAACCGUGGUUGUUUGAAUAUAUUGAAACCGAUUUUCCACAAUAUUUCGAUUAUGAUCGUCGCAGACAUCUCGUACUGAUAAAAGUAGUGCAUAUAAAAUGAACAAAGAAAAUAGAAAAUUAAGUAUAUAUUUGCUUAACAUAGAGUAAAAAACAACAAUUGUAAUGAGCCAAUAACCGAAGAGGUUAAAUAAAUAUUAUAUAAGAUAGUACAAAAACUAAA